AUGGCUCGAUCACGAUGCACUUAUUGCCAAUGCGAAAUAUUUGGACACCAUUUACGAUGCGCGGAAUGUGUCGAUUUUGACCUUUGUUUACGGUGCUUUAGCCUGGGCGCCGAGGUAGCUUCUCAUCGACGAGAUCAUUCUUUCACAAUAAAGAAUGACCAUGGUCCUUGUGUAUUUGAAGACAUGGGCAGAUGGUCUCUUGCAGAAGAGAAUAUGCUUCUGGAUGCCGUUGAGCAGUAUGGAUUCGGUAACUGGAAUGGGGCUGCAGCACAUUUAGAGACCAGAACCACAACAGAAUGUGAAGACCAUUACAGGCGAUUCUACAUUAAUGGAGCUAUUGGUGGUGCAACCCUCCAAGAAGUUCCUAGACCAAACAUAACAGAUCACACUGCUACAAAUGGAGUGUUGGCGGGUCCUUUGUCGCCGAGUCUGACCAUUCCAGUAACACCUUUAGAAGUUGGCUUACAGCAGCAGCAGGAGCUGGGGUACAUGCCUUACAGAGAUGAUUUUGAAAGGGAGCAUGAUAAUGAUGCAGAGGCACUCAUCAGUAGCUUGUCUGUUAAUCCAGAUGAUGAUGAUAUAAAUAUUUCAAUCCGGCUAGCUCAGAUUUACAAGUACCGCUUGCGACUGCAGGAAAGGGACAAAAGAAAAAGAAUAGCUCGAGAGUAUGGUCUCAUAGCUGCUGGUGCACCACCUGCUUCUAAAAUUCCAAAAACGCCAAAUUUGAAGAAAAAAGUGGGCAAGACAGGCAGAGAAUUACAGGAAAGGUUAAAACCUUUUUGCCAGUUUCAUUCAAAGGCAGAACAUCAAACGUUGUUUGACAAUAUAAGGAGAGAAAAAGAAAUAAAAGCACGGAUCAAAGAUCUGAUACGUCUGAGGAAGAAUGGUAUCACCAAAUUGGCAGAUGAAGAAGUGUUUGAGGAAGAAAAGUUUAAGAGAGAAAAGCAGAAAGAAAAUAAGAGAAAGCUGGCAAUGGCUUCAACACCAAAAAGAAAUUCACAAGUGUCCAAAAAGGCAGAAGGAAAACUGGACACAACUGAAACAUCGCCAGAUAACAGUGCAGAUAAAACUGAGGAUAGCAGUAUUGUUCUUUGCAAGGAAAUUAAUAACAGCAUGCCUGGAUAUGAACUCAUUUCUGAGAAUGAGAAAAAGUUGUGUAAUUCCAUGGGCAUGUCUCCGGCAAAUUAUAUUACAAUCAAAACUUGUAUAAUAAAGGAUUAUCUCCAGAGAUGCAACGGUAAAGAUGUAGGCAAAUUUCGUUAUCCAGGAGGGAUGGAUAAGACACACAGACGCAAAAUUAUAGGGUUUUUACAAGAUAAUUUAUGGAUUAGUGCAUCAUAA